AUGCCGUCGCAGGUCGAGACUAACCACGCUCUACUGGUAGAGAACGAGGACGAAUGGGAAUUCGAGUACUCAGCUACCGAGAAAGAGACCUACUACAUUACCCUCGAUCUCUCUGUCCGCGACUUUCUCGAGCGCCGAACCGACGACAUUAUCCAUAACACGCGCGGGGGCUACCGAGUUUGGUACAACCCACUGUUCAAUGCCGCCGAGCCCCAAGCCUCGAAUGCGGCCUUCAUUGAUGACAAGGAUGUCGAUGAUAACGAACCACCCGAGCGGGAAGAAGCUGACAAGCGCGACAAUUCCGGGCUGCAGCCUCCGCGAGCGCCGACAGAGCCGCCAGUCGAUCCCCGCUUGCAACUCGACAAUGGACAAGAUAGAGACUACAUGGAGUUGCCGACCACCACCAAUGUGCCGGCCGAAGAGAUCCAGAUACUCGACCUACACUCGGAAAGGCCCUUGGUAUCAUACCGCAACCAUGUGUUUCGCGGUUCAUGGUGCGCAAACAUUGGCACCGAGAUGAUAUUCACCCCCCACGACGAACAAGUCCCUCUGCCCGCCCUGAGGAACUUGAACCAAAACAUCGAUUUGAUCGCGGCUAGCGCGUGCAGAAUCAACUUUACGGAGACGACUCUUCGCAACAAGAACCCUGCGAAUGGCCAUGGAGAGCAGGACGAUGCUAUGGGGGUUGACUCUCAAGAGGAAGACUUGCCAGCUCGGUACAAGCGCAACGGUGGCAUCUACGUUCAUGUCGGCGGCGACAAGAGCGGGCAGCGGCAGCCGCAGGCCCACUUUCUCGAGGAUCUCAUCUCCCUCAAGCGCAAACGUAACGAGACGGACGAAGUGACCAUCACAUCAGUGGAGACGCAUCAGAACCGACUUAUGGUGGAGGACAGAGCCGAGGAAAUGAGAAGGAGGAAACUGCAUCGUGACCAGCAGAGGAACAUGAGCCUUCGAGAAAAGAGGAGGGACAAUAUACAAGCUGGGCUGGGGGUGGAGCAGAGGCCAUAUGGACCUGUCAGAGGAUCGGGAGGGCGCAGGAGGCCUAGGACAAGGGCGAGGAGGACAACGUUGGUUCGGAGGGAUACGUCGGCGCUGUCGAGAACAGGGACACAGCACAGGACCGAGUCAGGGAGUGUGUUGCAGAACCAGCCGACACCUCGGAGAUGGGACGAGCUCGAGUGA